AUGGUUGCUCAUAUAUGGGACCUUCUUACAUUGAAGGAAUCGUUGUGGGUCAAAUGGAUGCACUCUUACCGCAUUAGGGGCCGCAGUUUUUGGGAUAUUCCGAUGCAAAGUAACAUAACUUGGACUUGGAGGAAGUUAUUAAGUCUUCGGCCUAUGGUUCAGCAACAUGUUUGGACGAAGAUUGGUGAUGGUACGUCAGCUUCGAUGUGGUUUGAUAAAUGGGAUGUCAUUUGUCCUUUGAGUUCGUUCAUCACUCCGAGAGCUAUAGCGAAUGCGGGUUUCACACUCAAGACUAAGGUAGCGGAUGUUUAUCGGCAAGGGGAAUGGGAAUGGCCUGAUCAAUGGCUUACCCGAUACCCGAUUCUGCUUAACAUGCAGCAUAUUGAUCUGCGGAAUAUGAAUGAUAAGGUGGUCUGGAGAUCUUCAGCUGGUAAGGAAUUGGAUUAUUUCGCUCAGAAUGAAGUUCAAUGGUCGUCUAUGGUCUGGUUUCCUCAAGCUAUUCCACGACAUUCGUUUUUCUUGUGGCUUUUGGUUAACAAGAAAUUGAAGACACAGGAUGUAAUGGCUAGGUGGUGUGCGUCGGGCAACAUAAAUUUCAACUUGAUGUGCUGUUCUUUGUGUUCGUUGGGGCCGGAUUCUCAUGAACAUAUUUUCUUUGAAUGCACGUAUGGAUCUCAGGUUUGGAAUGGAGUAAAAGAUAUAGCAGGAUUAUCUUCAAUCGCUAACUCUUGGGAUAUGAUCUUUAGUCAUCUGGUUCAAGUGGCUAAUUCUAAGAUCGCCAUGAUCAGUAAGUUGGUUGUCAGUGUGGCAGGGUAUUUUGUUUGGCAGGAAAGGAAUUUCCGGUUAUUUACGUCCAAAAAACGAAGUGCUGAUCGGUUAGUUGAUAUUAUUUUAGCUACAGUUUGGAUGAAGCUUCACACGAUGCGGUUUAAAAGAACCAGUCAAGUGGAGAGGAUCCUACAAGAUUGGAGUUUACCUCGAGGUUUAAUUGUGGAAGAUGAUGAUUGUGGCUAG